AGCUCCCGGUGACAUCGCAAAGAAUGUUGGAGAUUUUAUCUUCUUCUACCUCUGUGAGUAGGAGGUGAGGUUCUGAAAGUUCUCCCCAGCUAUGCCUACUGUAAGCCACAGUGGCACUAGCCACACAGUCUUCCGCUUGCUGGGCAUCCCUGGCCUACAGGACCAGCACAUGUGGAUUUCUAUCCCAUUCUUCAUUUCCUAUGUCACCGCCCUUCUUGGGAACAGCCUGCUCAUCUUCAUUAUCCUCACAAAGCGCAGCCUCCAUGAACCCAUGUACCUCUUCCUCUGCAUGCUGGCUGGAGCAGACAUUGUCCUCUGCACGUGCACCAUUCCUCAGGCCUUAGCUAUCUUCUGGUUCCAUGCUGGGGACAUCUCCCUGGAUCGUUGCAUCACUCAGCUCUUCUUCAUCCAUUCCACCUUCAUCUCUGAGUCCGGGAUCUUGCUGGUGAUGGCCUUUGACCGCUAUAUUGCCAUAUGCUACCCACUGAGGUACACCACCAUUCUUACAAAUGCUCUGAUCAAGAAAAUUUGUGUGACUGUCUCUCUGAGAAGUUAUGGUACAAUUUUCCCUAUCAUAUUUCUUUUAAAAAGAUUGACUUUCUGCCAGAAUAAUAUUAUUCCACACACCUUUUGUGAACACAUUGGCCUAGCCAAAUAUGCAUGUAAUGACAUUCGAAUAAACAUUUGGUAUGGGUUUUCCAUUCUAAUGUCGACGGUGGUCUUAGAUGUUGUACUAAUUUUUGUUUCCUAUAUGCUGAUUCUCCAUGCUGUCUUCCACAUGCCUUCUCCAGAUGCUCGCCACAAAGCUCUCAACACAUGUGGCUCCCAUGUCUGCAUCAUCAUCCUCUUUUAUGGGUCUGGCAUCUUCGCAAUCCUUACCCAGAGGUUUGGACGCCACAUUCCACCUUGUAUCCACAUCCCAUUGGCUAAUGUCUGCAUUCUGGCUCCACCUAUGCUGAAUCCCAUUAUUUAUGGGAUCAAAACCAAGCAAAUCCAGGAACAGGUGGUUCAUUUUUUGUUUAUAAAACAGAAAUAACUUUGGUUUAAGAACUGAGUUUUCAGAAUCUCUAGCUAUCUGGUAAGUGGGUAUGAAAGUGGUAGAUGGGAGAGGUCAGCUGAUACCG